AUGGCUGAGUCACUUCUUGUGCCUGGUGCAAAGGUCUUGGCUGCUGAGAGAAUGCGAGCCAGCAUCGACGAUUUGGUCGCAAAGAGCGAUGUGCCUGCGAUCGGUAACGAAUUUGCGGAGCUGGCAGAGGAUGUUUACACAAAGUUGUCGGACACCGACGUUGCUAUCGAGGAACAAGUCUGCUAUUUCUUUGUGAUGAAGCGUCUUGACGCUUUGGUUUGGAACUUUAUUAAGCGCUUGAUGCUCAGAUAUGGAGACCUAGCUGCCGGGGUUCUUCACUACAUCAAUCUCCUAGCCCUCACCAAUUUGGUGAAAGGAAACAUAUCAUGCCCCGGACACAGGAUAUAG